AUGAAAGAAUCACAUACGUCAUCAAAACCCAUUCCAGCUUUACGCAAAUGUCAAUCCGUCCAACAAUAUGAAACCGAUCAAAAUAAGAUAGAAUUACCUCGGUUCAUCCCCUAUCGUGUACUACGUGACAAGAUCAUCUGGCUUGAUCUUUUCGUCGAUGAACGUAACUUCACUUUUGCUAAAAAGAUGAUUGAAGCUAAUCGAUUAUAUAUUUUCUCUACGGCUACUGAUUGUAUUGAUUUCCUUGAAUUAUUUUCUCGACAACUUGGAGGUUCGAUAUCAAUGCAAGAUACUUAUUCAACAAUCAUCUCGGGUCUCUAUGCGACAGAUGUAAAAGUAAUCAAUCAAUUAUUAAAAUAUUACUGUAUUGAUCAGAUUUGCUUGAUUGUCAACGAAUAUUACUAUGAAAAUCUUCCUGAUCAAUUUCAUCUGAAACAAAAAGUCAAUGUGAUCUAUAAUGAGAAUCCUGAUAUGGUCAUGCAUCAUUUAUGUGAUGCCUAUUCAGAUUUUCAAACAUUCACUGAAUAUAACAGUAAACUACAUGGCAUAGAAAAUGAUUCAUCCAAUAUUCUAUCAAACAACCUACUACCAGAAAGUGUCAGUCAUAAGAUUGGUUGUUCUUAUCGUCGAAAUAUUCAUCGCAAUAGUCUAUUUACAUAUCCGAUUGAAAAUGCGAAAAAUAACCGUUCAACUUCGUUUAGAGAACCAGACAAAAAUUCUUCCAACAAUGACAAUCGUUCUUCUCUAGCAAGAGUAACCUCUUCCGAGAUGCCUGAACUACAAGAAAAGCAACUUCUUGAAAAUGCAAAUGAUACAUCAUCCCCUCUUCAUCUUGCACAGAACCAGAAUACUAGAUUAUCAACUACAACAAGCUCAUUUCCAUCGUCCAAUGACUCAUCAUCAUGUCAUCGACGAGUGUCACAUUUAAUUGAGUCCCAACUUUCAUCAUCUUUGCAACAUCCGAAUGAUAUGAGUGCCCUUAAAAAACUUCAAGAGAUCAACGACGUAAGUUCGAUAUUUUCCCUUCAAUAUUUAGCACAUUAG